CUCNACUAUUAUUUCUGUCUCCCCUUCCCCCUUAACCCUCCUGAUAUUCUUCCUCUGCUGUUCCCAUGCAUUCUUUUUGCGAUUGCGAGAUCAGCUUAUGGGGUUUUGUCCCUUUUCGCCAUUUGGGUUAGCUUUUAUCUGUAAUUGGGAUGUCAUGUUUUGUUCUUCUGGACAUGGGUUUCAGGCUUUUUGCUCAAAAGCGUAUUGGGAUUGCCAAUUCUGUGGGGGUUCUUUCUCUUUUGCCCGUUGGCUUUUGGGAAUUUGAAUAUUGUUUCCCUCUGAGUUUAUGCUUUUCCUUUUGCUUUUGCUCCGUUAUUAACAUGGAUUUGCUUGUUGCGAGUUUUGUGGGUCUGAUCAAUUCUGGUUCUUAGAGAGAUAGGAGUUGUUGUUCUUCUACUGGGGUCCUCCAUGGCUCCGAAUUUCUACAGGGAAGGAAACAAUUGGUUCUGUAGUGCGGGAUUGCCAAGUGAUAUCACUGUUUCUGUUGAUGGCGUACACUUUCAUCUUCAUAAGUUUCCUUUGAUAUCAAAAAGUGGGAAGAUGGUACAAAUAUACGAACAAUAUCAGUACACCCCCAGGAAGACAUUUAAAGCAGUCUUAGAAGAUUUCCCUGGUGGCCCUGAUACAUUCUAUAUUGUGGCAAAGUUUUGUUACAACGGCCGGGUAGAGUUGACGCCGAAGAACAUUAUAACUUUGUAUUGUGCUGCAGACUAUCUUGAAAUGACAGAUGUUUAUGGGGAAGAUAACUUGAUCUCCAAAACCGAAAGUUACCUCCACGACAGCGUACUUCGCCAAUGGAAAGACUGUAUUGUAGCUCUUCAGAAUGCAGAAUCCGUUCUAAACAGGGUCGAAAAGCUCCAGAUAUUAAAAAAAUGUUUGGAUGCUCUUUCUGUAAUGGCUUGUACAGAUCCUAGCUUGUUUGGAUGGCCUAUGAAGAUGUAUGGUAGUUUACAGAGCCCCGGUGGAAGCAUUUUAUGGAACGGAAUUAACACGGGAGCUCGAAUUCGAAGCUCGGAAUCAGAUUGGUGGUUUGAAGAUGUUUCUUAUCUUAGUGUGAAUCUUUUUGAGAAACUUAUCAAGGCAAUGCAAGCAAGAGGGUUAAGACCUGAAAGCUUGGUAGGGGCUAUAAUUUACUAUGCUAGAAAGUACUUGCCAGGUCUGAGCCGCUGGCAUGGUAGACAAGCUGGGAAACCAAUGAAAGUUAUAAGUUUUAGUUUGAGUCCUGCUUCUGUUGAUCAAAGAAUUCUCUUAGAAACUAUUGAGAAACUUCUUCCCUUAAAGAAGGGGAAGUCGUUUUGCCGCUUUUUGCUCGGGCUUCUUCGAGUUGCAUUGAUAUUGGGUGUCGAUAAAUCGUGCUUGGACUCUUUGGAGAAAAGAAUAGGAAUGCAGCUUGAGCUAGCAACUCUGGAUGGUCUUCUGAUUCCCUCGUAUUCAGAUUCCGAUACGUUGUAUGAUACCGACUGCGUUGAGAGAAUCAUCCGUCAUUUUACGUCUUUGCAGUCUACGGUGACAGCGUUCUCUCCGGCGUCGCUUGAUCUUGAAGCAUCACCAGGAUCUGGACCAUUGAAAAGGGUAGCAAGAUUGAUAGAUAGCUAUCUGGCUGAAGUUGCGUCCGAUGUGAAUGUGAAACCUCGAAAAAUUAGAUCCCUUGCUGAGGCGAUCCCGGAUUCGUCAAGAUCUUUACAUGAUGGGCUAUAUCGAGCACUCGACAUAUAUUUUAAGGCUCACCCUCAUCUCUCGGCGAGCGAACGGGAAGAACUUUGCAAUGUAAUCGAUUACCAGAAACUAUCGAUUGAUGCGUGUGCUCAUGCAUCCCAAAACGAAAGGUUGCCACUUAGAAUUGUUCUUCAAGUGCUGUUCUUUGAGCAGAUGCAGUUGAGAACAGCUUUAGCUGGCUGUCUUCAUGUCCUGGACACUGAGAGCGCUUUGGCAGGUCCCGUUGCAGCAGCAGCCCCGGUCGAUACGACGGGGCAGAUUGUACAGAGGGACGGAUGGGUGACAAUCGUGCGGGAGAAUCAGGUUUUGAAGGUGGAUCUGGAAAACAUGAGGUGUAGAGUUGGAGAACUGGAGCAAGAGUUCAGUAGAAUCAAGGAAGAGAUGAAAAAGGUUACGAAAUCACAUAACUCCAACAGCGCUCCUCGCACGAUUGGCCAGAGAAUUGGGUGCAAGCUUCUCCCACGUGCAUCGGAUGCUCGGUCGGAUAUCGUCGAAAGCAUCAGCGCCAGUCCACGAGCUUCAGUGGAGCUGCGACGUCAUUCUAGACACAAGAAAAGCGUCUCACUGUUUUAAGCGUCGACUUCGAGUUAACGUAGGGGUUGUCUGGAGGAGAAAGAAAGGAAGGUGCUUGGUAUUGGUUAUUGAAGGCGUUUUCCUUCCUUUUCCCUCUGUGAUACAGUGAAACACAUGAACACAUUGUAAGAUAUGAAAUGUAUGAACUCAAAACACAUCUUCUCUUUGAUGAGAUUAAUUGUUGGGCAAACUUUACCCAUCAAAUCUUUUCAA